GUUCGAGCUCCCUAAUUAGCCUUUUGUGUACGUACGCGUGCAUCAACUCAGCGUAAUCAGCUACAUCUACGAGCCAACAGAGCACUCCCGGCCGUGUGUUCCUUCCCCAAGCUACAUCUUUUGCCUUGCCUUGGCGGCGUACGUCGACAUGAAACGCCAACAACACGGCGAGGUGGACGCCGGAAUAUGCCGCCGCCGUAGCCCACGUCUCCAUCCCCAAAUCCAUGCCAGUGACGUGGGCGCCACAGUGGCCCGCCGACGCAGCACGCGUCUCCAUCCUCAGAUCCACACGAGCGACGAGGGAGCCCGACUCAUCGACCGCCGCCGCCGCCGCCAUGGCAGCUUGCUGGACAACGACCACGAUAUGCUCUGGGAGAUCCUACUCCGCCUCCCGCCGCAGCCGUCCUCCCUGCUGCGUGCAUGCGCGGUCUGCAAGCGUUGGCGACGCGUUGCCACUGACCCCAAGUUCCUCCGUUGCUUCCAUGCCCACCACCGGAAGGCACCCCUCCUCGGCUUGCUCGUGUGUCGCAACAGCCACAAGAACGUGUUCCACCCCGUACUUGAAUCCUCCCGACCGCAUCCCUCGGAAACGCUUCACCCUUGGAUGCUACAGUAAAAUACGUUACAGUGUGCCCAGUUGCCGCCAUGGUCGCAUCCUCGUCAAAGACUCAAAGAAUAAUGAGGCCGUUCUGUGCGACCCCAUCACAGGCGAGCAGCACCGCAUGCCUGUUCCGCCGGGAUUCGACAUGACCUAUCUCAGCGGGGCGGUGCUCUGCACCGCCGGCGAUCAGGGACAUGUGCACGGCAGCUGCCAUGCCAGCCCCUUCAAAGUGGUCCUGUUGUCCAUGUUCAUACACGAUGAUCGACGACCUCUGGCCCGUGUUUUCUCCUCACAGACCGGCAGGUGGGGCAAUCUCAUCUCAAUAGAGACUCAACCUAAGACAAUGUAUGGUCCUUGUUGCCCCGACACCCUUGUUGGCAAUGUGAUUUACUGGUUGUCUAGGUAUGGGAGAGACGAUGUAGUUGAGUUUGAUUUGGAGGGGCAGAAGCUUACCCUGAUCAAGGGGCCUCACAGUAUGAAUAAUUUUAGCAUAUGUCAGUGCCAGAUUAUACGAACAGAUGAUUGUAUUGUUGGUGUUGCCAUGUUGUCUUACCAGGACAUUCAAGUGUGGCAGAGGGAGGUCAAUUCUGAAGGUGUUUCCAUAUGGUUGGUCCAAAAGACAGUUGCAUUGCAUACCAUUCCGAAGACCCUUCCCCAAAUUUCGGAAACAAUGCCAUGGAACAAACUGAUGGGGUAUGAUGAGGAUACCAAUGCAAUGAUUUUAUAUAUGCACGAUAGUGCCUAUAUGGUUCAACUCAAGUCAAUACAUUCCACCAAAAUUGAUGUACCAUGUUCUACGAAGUACUAUCCUUUCAUGAGUUUCUACCUACCAGGCACAACCGUUGCUGGUGGAACUAAUGGAGCAAAAAAGUUAGGAUGAUUGUCUGGUUUGAUCUGCUAAUGUGCUAAAACGGUUCAACGGGUGAAGGGUGCUGCAAUUUUUAGUUGUUACCAAGUUUCUCGCAUCACAUCAAAUGUGCUCGGCGGUGUUUAUAUGUUAUCUUCAAAAAUGUAAUUGUGCCUUAUUCUAGUCAAGUAGGUAAUGUAGCAAGAUGCUUUUGAAUACCUAACUUGGGGUAUCAUUUCAAGUAGUAUCUCGUCACGCCUUUCAUUUUUUACAUGUGUGUGCUUGGCAGUCUUAUCUUCAUCCAGGAGACUA